CAUCUAUCGACGAAAGUAGCAAACUGCAACAUUGACCGGGUUCAGAAAUUCGUAGUUUCGAAAGAUAUAGUUGUCUUUUUGUUUGCUUUUAGCUUGACGGUUGUAAAGAGAACUUACAUUUGAAAAUUAAAUGUAAACGAUUCAACGGCCACUGAAAGGUCAUAACAGACCUUACAGUUUGGUUACGUGAAUAUUUCGAAUGAACUGAAUCAACAUUUUUCUAAGAACGUUCUGUCAAAAGAUAUUCUCCUAUAUCUUCGUUUUAUAAGAUUUUAAAAUAAUGGAACAAGAUACAGAAUAUAUUAAACUACCAUUAGAGGAAAGAUGCGUGCAUAAGUUAUGGCGGGCACGUUUGCAUGGAUAUAAAGAAUGUGUAAAUACAUUCCAAUGUAUUGAUGAUGAAAAGUCUCCAGAGUGGAACAAAUUCUUAGGAUAUAUCAAAAAGUUUGUGAUAGAUAGCAAUGCAGCUGCUCAAGAAAAAGGAUUAGAAGCAGCAUUAGCUUUCAUUGAAAAUGCUGCAGUAGCAGGAAAAACUGUUGGGGAAGUUAUGAAUGGAAUAGUUACUAAGUGUAUUGCUGCUCCUAAAGUCAAAACAAAAGAAUUGGCAGUACAAAUAACACUGAUGUAUAUAGAAAUUGAAAAACAUGAAGCUGUACAAGAAGAAUUACUAAAAGGGACAGAAGCAAAGAAUCCAAAAAUUGUAGCUGCAUGUAUUUCAACUUUAACAUUGGCUUUAAGGCAAUUUGGACCAAAAGUGAUUAAUAUAAAGCCUUUAAUAAAGAAAAUACCUGGUUUUCUUGAAGAUAGAGAUAAAACUGUUAGGGAAGAAGGAAAAUUCAUGGUUGUUGAAAUUUACAGAUGGAUAGGUGCUCCUUUAAAACAACAAUUGAAUACAUUAAAACCAGUGCAAAUUACAGAAUUGGAAGCAGAAUUUAAUAAUUUAAAAGAAGAAAAAGUUGUACCUAUUCGAUUUUUAAAAUCGCAAAAACCAAAAGCAAUAUGUAUUACAGAUUCAACAAGUGAUAUCGGUGAAGAGGGCAAAGAUGAUGGUGAUGGUGGUUGUGUUCCGGAAAUUGAUCCUUAUGAAUUGUUAGAACCUAUUGAUAUACUUUCUAAACUUCCAAAAGAUUUUUAUGAAAAACUUGAAGCUAAAAAAUGGCAAGAACGAAAAGAAGCUUUAGAAGUUUUAGAUGCUUUGGUAAAACAUCCUAAAUUGGAAAAUGGUGAUUAUGGAGAUUUAGUAAGAGCUUUGAAAAAAAUUAUAUCCAAAGAUACCAAUGUAUUAGUAGUUGCAUUGGCUGGAAAAUGUUUGGCAGGAUUAGCAGCUGGUCUUAAGAAACGAUUUCAACCUUAUGCAAUAGCUUGUCUUUCAUCAAUUUUGGAAAAAUUUCGUGAAAAGAAGCAAAAUGUUGUACAAGCACUUAGAGAAGCUGCUGAUGCUAUUUUUCUUAGUGUUUCUAUUGAUGUUAUAUUAGAAGAUACACUUGCAGCAUUAGAAAACAAAAAUCCUGCAGUAAAAGCAGAAACUGCUAUUUAUUUAGCAAGAUGUUUCUCUCGCACACCACCACCAACUUUAAAUAAAAAAUUAUUAAAAGCUUAUACUGCUGUACUCUUAAAAACUUUAAAUGAACCAGAUCCAACUGUACGAGAUAGUUCUGCAGAGGCCCUUGGUACAGCCAUGAAAUUAAUUGGUGAAAAAUCUAUGAUGCCAUUUCUUACGGAUAUAGAUAAUUUAAAAAUGACUAAGAUAAAAGAAUGUGCAGAAAAAGCUGUAAUACAUGUUAAAAUUCCUAAUACAUCAAAAGUAACCACAGAAAGACCAAAUACUGCACCAAAUAAAAUUGAAUCGAUAGAAAAAAUUAAAGAAUCAGAAUCAAAAACUACAAAAAAACCUAAUAAUAAUACAAUUAAAAAACUUCCUUCUAAAAAACCAUCUACUUCCUCUUUAACUAAUUUAGCUAUUUCUAAAAAGUCUGCUACUAAAAUUCAAAUAGAAAAAAAUUAUAGUGUUGAAGAAAUAGAAGAACUAGCUCUUCAAUUACUACCAGGUGAUAUUCUUACUGGACUUGUUGAUAGUAAUUGGAAAGCUCGAUUAGCUGCAGUUGAACAACUAUUAGAGUUUGUAAAACAAAUAGAUCCAACGGAAAUACCUAUACAAGUUAUUGUACGAACUUUAGCAAAAAAACCAGGUUUUAAAGAUACAAAUUUUCAAGUUUUAAAAUUACGACUAGAAAUAGUAAAGUUUUUGGCAGAAAAUUUUCCAUUUUCAACUACUAUUUGUGAAUAUUGUAUUAUGGAUAUAACUGAAAAAUUAGGAGAUGCAAAAAACAGUGCAGUUGCUGGUGAAACUCUUUUAACUAUAGCAGAAGCAACAAGUUUAGAAUAUGUAGCACAUGAAGUAAUAACAUUUGCUUUUAAUCAAAAGAAUCCUAAAGUUCAACAAGAAACAUUAGCAUUGUUAUGUCGAGGUCUCAUAGAAUUUGGUUGUGUUAUCAAUGUUAAAUCUUUAAUGGAAAAUAUAAAAAAAGCAGUUGCAGCAACAAAUCCUGGUGUUCGAACUUCAGCAAUUACAUUAUUAGGUAUAUUAUAUUUAUUUAUGGGCAAACCAUUACUCAUAUUUUUUGAAAAUGAAAAACCAGUUUUGCGUCAACAAAUUGAACAAGAAUGUGAAAAGCAUAAUGGUGAGACACCACCUAUACCAAUUCGUGGAAUAAAGAACAAAAAAGAUAAAAUAAGCGAUGAUGAUGAUGAUAUAGAAAUUGAUAAAAAAUCUAGUAGUAACAGUGAAAUUGAUAUUAAUAAUCUUAUUCCACGUGUUGAUAUUAGUAAUCAAAUUACAGAAGGACUUCUUAAUGAAUUAUCUGAUAAAAAUUGGAAGAUACGAAAUGAAGGUUUACAAAAAAUAAAUACUAUUAUAUCUGAAGCAAAAUUUAUAAAAAGUUCUAUUGGUGAUUUACCUCAAGGUUUGGCACUACGUUUAGUUGAUAGCAAUAGUAAAAUAGCUCAAUCAACUUUAGGCAUAUGUCAAGCUUUAGCUGUUGCAAUGGGUUCUUCAGCAAAACAACAUAUUCGAGUUCUUUUCCCUGGCUUUGUACAAUGUUUAGGAGAUAAUAAAAAUUGGAUUAGAACUGCAGCUAUUUCUUGCAUAAAUACAUGGGGAGAUCAAUGUGGUUACAAAGAAUUUUUUGAUGGUGAAAUGAUUGGAGAUGCUUUGAAAUCUGGAUCUCCAAUACUUAGAGCUGAAGUUUGGAAUUGGUUAGCACAAAAAUUACCAUUGAUUCCUGUAAAACAAAUAGCAAAAGAAGAACUUCUUGUAUGUCUUCCAUAUUUGUACAAUAAUUUAGAGGAUCGUAAUUCUGAUGUGCGGAAAAAUGCUCAAGAAGCAGUUUUAGGAUUUAUGAUUCAUUUAUCUUAUGAAGUAAUGGCUAGAAAUACAGAAAAGCUAAAACCAGGAUCACGAACUGUAGUACUUGCUGCAUUAGAUAAAUGUCGACCAAAUUUGCCUAUCAAACCUUUACCGAAAAAACAAGCACCAAAGGAAAAUAAUCAGAAAAUCGUUAAAAGUGCUGGAGCUUUGAAAGCUGCAAAAGCAGUAGUAAAACCUAAACAAAAUCAAUCGAGAUCAAAACCUAGUAGUGCUCGUAAAAAAGAUGAUGAUAUAGAUACUAGUCCUUUAUUGGCUAUUAAUAAUUUAAAACAUCAAAGAUUAAUUGAUGAACAAAAAUUAAAAGUUUUGAAAUGGAACUUUACAACACCGAGGGAAGAAUUUGUUGAACUUUUAAAAGAACUUAUGACUGCUGCAAAUGUGAAUAAAACUUUAUUAGCAAAUAUGUUUCAUUCAGAUUUUCGAUAUCAUCUUAAGGCAAUUGAGGCAUUAACUGAGGAUUUGCCUGAUAAUAGCAAAGCAUUGGUUUCGAAUUUAGAUCUUAUACUUAAAUGGUUGACAUUGAGAUUCUUUGAUACUAAUCCUUCAGUAUUAUUAAAAGGUUUAGAAUAUUUGCGAAUGGUAUUUAAUUUAUUAAUAGAAAACCAAUAUCAUAUGUUUGAAAACGAAGCUGCAUCAUUUAUUCCAUAUCUUAUUAUUAAAAUUGGUGAUCCAAAAGAUGCAGUACGUAAUGGAGUACGUGCAUUAUUUAAACAAAUCGCAUUAGUAUAUCCAGUAAGCAAAUUAUUUUCUUAUGUAAUGGAAGGCUUAAAAUCUAAAAAUGCUCGACAAAGAACAGAAUGUUUAGAUCAACUUGGUUCUCUUAUUGAAAAUUAUGGAUUAUCUGUUUGUCAACCAUCUACAUCUGUAGCACUAAAAGAAAUUGCAAAACAAAUAGCAGAUCGUGAUAAUUCUGUUAGAAAUGCUGCUUUAAAUUGUAUUGUUCAAGCAUAUUUUCUUCAAGGAGAACGAAUAUAUAAGCUCAUUGGUCAGAUAUCUGAAAAAGAUCAAUCUUUACUAGAUGAACGUAUUAAAAGAGCUGCUAAAAAUUAUCCAGCACCUCAUAAAUCGGCUUCUACCAAUAGACUUUCUGCACCUUCAAAUGCAACACCUAUUCCUUCUAAUGAAGACAUUAAAGUAGAAUUUGAAGAAGAAAACGAAGAAGAAAUACUUGAACCUCAGCCUUCUGAACCAUCUCAAUCAAAUGAAUUGCCAACAGAGAUUGUAACAACAGAACAUAUAACAACCGAAUCUUAUGAAACUAAUGAACCUCUUUCAAACAUAUCAUCAGAAAUAAAUAUUUCAUCUCCAAAUCAUCAUGAAGAUGAUACUAAAACAAAUUCUCCAACAUCAACACAACCAAAAGUUUCAGGUCCAUUUGGACUUGAUAUGGAUUUUUUACGAAAAAUUGAGUUAAAUGCACCAGUAAAAUAUUGUAAUCCUGUUCUUCAAGAAAUUAAUUUAACAGAUUUAGAUGAAAAUCCCAACACAAUAAAUUUACAUAAAGUACCAGUAAUUCCUCUAUCUCCUCCAAAAUUGUUAGUAUCAAAAUCUGCAUCAAUGGCACAACAGCAAUUGAAUACUACUAAUAUAAGUAAAGAAGACAGUCUCGAACGUAAAAUUCUUGCAAUGGCUAGUUUAGAUUUAGCUGUUGCAAUACAAUCAAUGAAUAGCAUAGAUAAUUUGAUAAAAUCUCACCAAAUUUUGAGUUUGCAAUCAAAAGAAGAUAAAUUUAUUGGCUCAAUAAAUAUGCAAUUAAAACUUUUACAAACUUAUCCUUUACAACAAGGAGGCACAGAUAUACCUAAAGGUUUUAGAAAUACAUUUAUGGUUUUACUAGCGUUUUAUGAUACUGGAAUUCUGGGAAAGAAUGUUCCAUUAAUACAUUUAAAAGAACUUGUGGAUCAAAUGAUCAGUUUUUUAGCAGAGAAUAAAUUAAAUCAUUUACAUCAAGCAGAUUCAUAUCUUCGCAUAGUUAAUAUUAUUAUUUGUAAAAUAAUAGAUAACUCAAAUCAUACUACUAUUAUAUGCGUAUUAAUAAAAUUACUUCAUGGAUGUGCUGAAUCAGUUGCUCCAUCCAAAUAUGAAGAAUUAGUAAUGAAAUGUUUAUGGAAAAUAGUAAAAACAAUUCCUAAUUGGGCUGCAGAUUUAGAUUAUGACAGUAUUCUUUUAGAAGUACAUCGAUUCCUUAAGGAUUAUCCAAGUAUAUGGUGGAAAAAACGAAAAUCUGAUACUCCAUUACGUACAAUUAAAACAAUUCUUCAUAGUAUGACUCGUGUAAAAGGCAGUACAAUACUUAGUCACUUAACACGAAUAAAUAAUACAAAUGAAUCAGAAUUGCAUUCCUAUCUUAUCAGACUAAUUACGACAUUUAAACCAGAUGAAAUUAAUAGUAAUCCCAAAUCGAUUGUAAAAUCCAGUAGCACUGGAAAAACUCAAGAACAUUUAUCAAAAUUCACACAUCAACAGUUAUCUGAAAUAUUUAAAAAGAUUGGAUCUAAAGAACAUACACAAGAAGGUUUAAUGCAGCUUUAUGAUUUUAAACUUCAAUAUCCUGAAGCGGAUGUACAACCUUUUUUGGUGAAAUCGCAUCAAUUUUUCCAAGAUUUUAUAGAACAAGGAUUAAGAGAUAUUGAUCAAGCACGAAAAAAUCAAAAUCUUAUAACGCAAACUAAUAACCAAUAUUCUACAGAAAUAGCAGAAUCUACUGGUUCUGAAGAAAAAAGCUUAAUGGAUCCAUUACAUAGGCUCGAAAAAUUUCGAGCAUCUGAAGCACAAUGUAGAACUACUGGUCAGCCAAAUCCAACAUGAAUUAACUUCAUUUAAUAUUAAUUAAGGUUGCAGUGCUUAAAUAACUGGAUUAAGAAACAAUAAUACAUAGAAUACAAUAAUAAGUAAAUAGUACAUAGAUCAUGAAGAAUAAUCAUUGUACCUAAUGUACGUAAUGUUACACUAUCAGUGCAACAUUAUCUGUAGCAUUUCUUGAUUUUCUGAAUAGAUAUACACAUAUAUGUUAUAAUGCUAAUUGCAAGAAUUUUAUGCGUUAAACUAUUAAAAUAAUUGCGAACAUGUUAUAAUACUCGUAUUUCUCAAUAUUUGAAAAUGACAAUUAUUUUACAGCUGAUUUAUAUAUUUCGUUACUUCUUUUAAAAUAAAUCUACUCAUCAAUAUAUA